AUGUCCCGCACUACAGUCACAGUACACAAGAGGGCCCACACCCCCCCCGACGCCCCACCCCGACCCCGUCCACGUCCACCCCCCAUCACGAAUCGCGCCCUUUGCCCCCCCAUAACGGCCUCCACCCGACACCGGCUCCCCGGGGCCGUGUUCCCUGCCUCCGAGCAAACCCCCACCUCCCGGGAACGCCUCCACUCCGCAUCCCAGGCCCCCCCCCCCCCGACACCCCCCCCCCCCUCCCGUACCCCAGCCCUGCGGCCCUCCUCCACCCCCAAGGCCCCGGCCGCCGCUCGCUCCUCCCACAGGCUCAGCUGUCACACCCGCCUCCAACCUGGCGCUUCCCCACUCGGGCGCUCACCACCCCCCACACCCCCCGCCCCCCACCCCCAUCCCACCCCCCAGGUUGCCUCCGAGGUCCCCCCCAACCGCAGCACAUCCGGCUCCGGCACCCCCCGCUCCCCCCGACCCGACGACCGCCCCCCCUCCACCCGAUCCCCCUGUCCCCCCGACACCCGCUCUUCCGACCCACCGCACCCAUGCACACCCCCCUGGCUUCGCGCUCCACCCCACCACCCUCCCCCAGCACCGCCACGGCCCCCUGCUCAUCCCCCUCCCCCUGCCACACACCCCCCCCCCGCACGGCACGAUGCAACCAUCCUACCCACCCCGCGCGUCACCCCCCAAACCCACAUACCCACCCCCUCUGCCAGCGCCCCCCCGUGCCGCCACCCCCCCGAACCUACACGCGCAGCCCACCCCCGCGCCCCCCCCCACCGCCCUGCCCCCACACCACCUCUGCCCACACCACUCCCAUGCCCCACAAGCCACGCGCCGCGCCGCCGAACCCCCUUCCCACACUAG